GGUGGACGGCUGUAUAGAUGAAAACAGACUGAUGGUGAAUGCAGAGGCACCAGUCAGGGAGGUAUGGCUGAUGUUGCCUCCUGUUUGCUCCUCUGGUCCGCUUUGGGAGCACAGCUGACCACAUUAUCCAUCCCCUCCCUCUUCCUCUCACCUUGCUGCCUCCUCUUCCUCCCUAAGACCAUGGAGGAGGUCACCAAGGUCACGCCGCCACCUCUCCUGGAACGCCGGGCCCGCCAUCGACAGCCCACAGUUUCAGUCCUCAAAUCCAAGCUGAAGCAGGGCGUGUCCUGCUCUGUGCCCAGAGUCCGAUCCACCCUGACCGGGUUCUUCCCCGUUGUGCGCUGGCUGCCUAAAUACAAGCUCCGAGAGUACGUCUGGGGCGAUGUGAUGUCCGGGCUGAUCAUUGGUAUCAUCUUGGUGCCGCAGGCCAUCGCCUACUGCCUGCUGGCAGGAGUACAGCCCAUCUAUGGUUUAUACACCUCAUUUUACGCCAACGUCAUCUACUUCCUCAUGGGGACGUCCAGACAUGUCUCUGUGGGGAUCUUCAGCCUCAUGAGCCUCAUGGUUGGACAGGUGGUGGAUAAGGAGAUGUUCCUGGCAGGUUUUGACCUCAAUGAGGACUCCGCAGCGUCUGGCCCUGAUGUGUUUAAUGGCACUCUGGGCAUUAACCUCACAGCUGGUAACCUUCACAGUGUGGAGCUAAUGGGUCUGCAGUGUGGGGAGGAUUGUUACUCCAUCAGCAUCGCUGUUGCUCUUACAUUCCUGGUUGGUGUCUAUCAGCUCAUGAUGGCCGUGUUUCGGCUCGGCUUCGUCUCUGUAUACCUUUCGGCUCCCAUGCUUGAUGGUUUUGCCACGGGAGCCUCUUUCACCAUCCUCACCGUGCAGGCCAAGUACCUGUUGGGUCUAAAGAUCCCCCGUCACCAGGGCUAUGGCAUAGUUGUCGUCACCUGGAUCAACAUCUUCGCCAACAUUCAUAAGACCAACCUGUGUGACCUUAUCACUAGCGCCAUCUGUAUCUCUGUAUUAGUGGCAGGAAAAGAGAUCCAGGAGCGCUACAAGGAUCGUCUAAAGAUCCCUCUGCCGACUGAGCUGGUAGUAGUAGCAGGAGCUACGCUGGCCAGCCAUUUUGGGGAGCUGAACAGCCAUUAUGGCUCCAGUGUUUCUGGUCACAUCCCCACAGGGUUCAUUCUUCCCCAGGUGCCCAGCUUUAGUCUGAUGCCACGGUUGGCACUGGAUGCCAUUCCUCUUGCUGUCAUUAGUUUUGCUUUCACAGUGUCGCUGUCUGAGAUGUUUGCUAAGAAAAACGGCUAUACGGUUCGUCCCAACCAGGAGAUGCUGGCCAUCAGCUUUUGUAACAUCAUCCCCUCCUUCUUCCACUGUUUCACCACCAGUGCAGCAUUGGCAAAAACCAUGGUGAAGGACUCAACAGGCUGCCAGACACAGGUAUCCAGUCUGAUCAGCGCCCUGGUCGUCCUUCUCGUUCUCCUCUUCUUCGCGCCUUUCUUCUACUCUCUCCAGAAGUGUGUUCUUGCCUGUAUUAUCAUUGUAAGUCUUCGCGGGGCGCUGAGGAAGUUCAAGGAUAUCCCGGCUAAGUGGCGUGCCAGCCGGAACGACGGCAUUGUUUGGCUGGUCACCAUGUCAGCCACGGCUCUGAUCAGUGUGGAGCUGGGCCUCCUGGUCGGAAUCGUUUUUGCCAUGAUCUGCGUCAUCUAUAAGACCCAGAACCCUAAAGUCUCUCUUCUGGGCCGGGCCAAUGACACCGAUCUUUACGAAGACGUGGACGAGUACAAGAACCUCAUGCCACCACCUCGGGUUCAGGUCUUUCGUUUCCAGGCUCCUCUGUACUACGCGAACAAGGACUCAUUCCUCAGAUCCCUCUACAAAGCUGUCGGAGUUGAGCCUUUCUUGGAGCUGACUAAGAGGAGGAAGGCAGAGAAGAAGGCCAAAGAGAUGUCCUCGAAGCAGGCCAAGGCAAACGGGAAUAAAAACAACGGAGAGGUCUGCAUAGGACUCGUCCAAAGAGAACUGGAUUUCCACGCGAUAGUUUUAGACUGCUCUGCCAUUCCAUUCAUAGACUCCACAGGCAUGGCCACAUUUAAAGGGCUGGUCAAGGAAUAUAAAGAGAUAGGAGUGAGCGUGCUCCUCGCCAACUGUAACACAUCCGUCAUCGAUACCCUGCAGAAGGGGCAAUUCUUUGGGGAAAAUGACAAAGACAUGAGCAGCGUGCUGUUUCAUGCAGUUCAUGCAGCAGUUCUUCAUGCAAAGAGUGCAUCUCCAGAAAGCAGGUCAGAAGACUCUGUGGUGUAGCGCAGAUAGAAGGAGAGGGAAUUUAGGUAUGCUAUCUUGCCACCUAUAACAAUACUGCACUACAUAGCUUCGAGGAAGCUUUGUCCAUGAAAACUCGGAGGUACUUGAUCUGCCCACUGAGCAUUCUUUCCAAGAUAUACAAUGCAAUUUCACUGCUGGAAAUAAAACUAGGUCAUCUAUGUAGUACAAAGGUGCAAUUAUGUUUUAAACUGGCGCCCUAUGAUUGAAGAAAAAUAUUUCCUAUUGCUCAAAAGGAGAAAAUCCUACAACAACUAGGAUCCAUUAAACACAGUCUCAAAGCAGUUUGUGAAAUAGUCACGAAAUUUAAUCUAUUUGAUUCAUGUACAUAGACACGAAUUUCCCUUUUUUUUCUUAAGGCUCAGCAUGACAACACGUGUCAAUUUCCGCUCCAGUCUUUUCA